AUUUCCGGCUUGCAAUAGGUACCUGCUCUGUCGAUGGGAGAGUGAAAUUUUACUCCCAGUGAACCGGGAAGAAAUGAAGACCAAUGCAUCUCGAAGUUCAAAAACUGAGGACUUGGAAGACGAAGAGAAGAAGAAACCUGCUGGAAGGAUGUCAGCGUACGCUUAUUAUUUACAAACGUGUCGAGAGGAGUUGAGAGAUCGUUUUCCGAACGAUAAACUGGAUUUUUCUCAAUUCACGAGGAUGUGCAACGACCGAUGGAAGACAAUGACGGGGGAUCAGAAGGCGCGUUACAUUCACUUGGCCAAGCGAGAUUCAACACGUUUCUCUCUCGAGAUGAUGAUUUAUCAGGAAGGGAAAUCAAGACCCAUCCGGCGUUGGGAGAAGGAUCCCCGGAGACCGAAGCGAGCC